AGAAUAGUUCUAUUUUGCUACGCGCCAAAAUAAGCCCCGAGACUCGCGAAUUUCAGUUCUGCAAAGGUCGGUACUUCGUACAGUUCGCCCUUCCUCAUCGUACCUAUACCUAUAUACGUAUGGCAGUUGCCGCAUAAGCACAACUCAACGGCAUUUUUUCAGCUAAACUCAGCCAAGCUCAUUUUAACGCCUUCGCACGCUCAUUGCGAUAGAUAAGUCACAUCGCUAAGAUACUAUUUCGUAUAGAUAGAUAACGAGCAUGGUUCGUACAAAAGCCGAUGGUGCUUGUCGAGUUGCUGCUGGAGGAAAGGCACCCAAAAAGAUGAUGGCAAGUAGAAGUGUCUAUGCCAGCACCCCUGAGAAGUUGGGUAAAGAUAAUCUUCCUAGAAAUGGUUAUUGUCCCAGAGAAACACCAUCCUGGCAAAAAAAGAUAACAUUUUUCAUUGAUAAAAAGAGUUCAUAUACAAACAAUAACAAUGGCUUACAUGCUGACAUGAAUAACAAAUCGAGUUUAGCUAAAAGGAAGACUCUUGAAUCUGAUGAAGAGAGCGAAUCACCCAAAAAAGUCAGGCAAAAUGAUGAAGAGGACUGUGAAUCCAUGGAUAUCGAUUAAAAAAUAUGUACCUUACUCGUUACUUGACAUAGAUUUAGUUUUUCAUGACUUUUUCAAUUUGUUGUUUAUUCGAUAAGAUUGUUUGAUUUACUUUUAAGUAUUAUAUUAUUAAUUAAAUGUGAACUGUGUAAUGUUUUCUAAAGCAUCAAGUGUUCUUGACAUUUUAUAAACUAGAGUUGUUCUAAUGUGUCAUUGUGAGAUUUAUAAUCAACUUUAAUAAUUUUUUUAUCCAUUAAAUGGACUUGAAGUGA